CAACACAAUCUGUUUGUUCAUAUUGGCAAUUCAGAUGUGAUAAUGGUUACGAAUGUGUGGAUUCAUAUUAUCUUUGUGAUGGAUGGAAUCAUUGCUCUGAUGGCAGUGACGAAUGGUAUUGGAACUGUGGUAUGUACUAAUUUUACUAUCAAAUUUUGCAGAGUUAUCUCAUUUGACAGAGAAGAUUUUUAUAAAAGUUAAAUAUUGUUGAUUUAUUUUAUAGUAAGUUCAACCAGUGCAUCAAUUCAACCUUCCUUAACAGGUCAGUUUUAAUGCAAGCAUCUUUAUAAUUUCUUGUUUAUGUCUUUGUUUAUGAGCUGGUAAUUGUCACUGUCGGUUUUCAAUCUGUUCUUCAACGUCCACGUUCUAUGUUCCAGAUCAUAAUGUUUCUGAACGUCUCCAUUUCUCUUCGUCGGUCCUUCCCCCUUCCCCAAUGUUUUUAGAGUGUAGUUUUAGGUCUGUUCAAAGCGGAUAAAGAAUUGGGGAGGGGGAUAAUAAUUGUAAGCAGACAGUGUUGAGUAUCUUGCGCGCAUCUAUAUAUGCUCGCAGAAUUUCAUCAACUUUGUUCUUAAAGCUAUAUGUGACUAUAAUUAUGUCUCCCAUUAAAUUAAAUUGUCAAGUAUUAAAGGUUGUAUUUUAAUGCAAUGCAAUGUUUCCCCCAGACUUAUCUUUAUAUCUUUUCAAUUCAUAAUGACUCUGAAUAAUGGUUGGAGUGCAGUUUUAGAACCGUUCAAAGCCAAUAAAGAAUUGGGGGGGGGGGGGGAGGGGGCGAUUGUCAGCAGAAGGUGUUGAAACUCUUGCUCGUAUCUACUUAUUAGAACCUACCGAACAUUGUUCUAGUAAAUUGUAAGAUUAGAUAAUUUGCCGACAACCUGACGAUUGGGGAUGUUCCACACUCACAACUCCCUUUUAGCGCCGCCCCUGCCUGUGCUGACUUUUUUAUGAGGGAAUGUUGAGAAUUAAUGUGAGACGAUAUGAGAAAGCAGGAAGAUAAUGCUUCACUACUGGGGCAAGCAAAGGGCCUACUAGGGUAAAUGCCCCUAGUAGUUAUAUAGUUAAAAAAAUGCACUGUCAGUGCAUCAAUUCAACAUUCGUUAACAAGUAUUGUAAGUAUAAAUAUGGGGCUUUGAUGGCGCAGUUGUAAGAGCAAGCGCCUUUCACCUCGGAGAUCGUGGGUUUGGUUCUCGUUUCGUACUCAUGAGAAAACAGUCUGUGAAGGUUCUGCCGUAAGUCGUUGGUUUUCUCUGGGUGCGCCUGUUUCCUCCCACAGCACAAGCUGACAGCGUGGGUUAGGAUAAACAGAUCUCAAUUGUUGUAAAGGUAAAUAAUCUAGGUAAGUAACAUGAGCGUAAUACUUGAUGUAAUCGGUUACUGAAAAGCCCCAGAUGGGGAGUGAGCUGAAUAAUGUAAUAAUGUAAUGGAAGAGUAUGUUAGUGAAUUUCUUGUCUGCCUUUUGAUGAACUUCAUGAGUUGCUAGUAUUCGUCUUCACAAGUAAACUUUAAUCUGCUAAUAUACAGUAAGGGGAGCGUUAAUGUAGGAUUUACUGUUAUUAGGAACAAACAGGCUGUAAGAUUAUAGAUUAUUAGAUUCUGAAAAUUGAUUAAUAGGUAGGAAUGGACAUAAUUGCAAUAACGAGGAAAUCCUUUUGCUUGUAGAUUCAUAAGAAUCUUGAGUAACCACGCAUGUUAUAUUAAUUUUAUUUAGCAACACCGUCUGUUUGUCAAUAUUGGCAAUUCGGAUGUGAUAAUGGUUACGAACGUACAGUAACUGUUCUUCAACGUGCACGUUUAUAUGUUCCAGCUCCGUAAUGUUUCUGCACGUCUCCAUCUUCUCUUGAUCGGUCGUUCCCCCUCUACAAUGUUUUUAUAGUGUAGUUUUACGUCUGUUCAAAGCGGAUAAAGAAUUGGGAUGGGUUUGUGGUUUGUUUGAUGUGUUUUUAGAAUUAACAUUGUGAAAAAUGUGAGUGUAAUGUAAUAAUCAUUUAAGUUGUAAAGUGGAUUCUGCACUAGGAUCGUGUACCUGGGUGCAUUGAUUUUCACUCCCUUGUCGCGUCGAUUGUGAGUUCCUUGAUAUUUAGAUGUUCAGUUAAUAUGUGGUCCAUUUUGUUCUUCGGUCUCUACCCUCUAAAUCUCCAAUUCCAAAUCUCCAGUGCGGUUCAUCUCUUCUGAUUGCGUAUCCAUAAUUGGUUUCCUCACCCUCCCUGGAAUGUUUCCCCCUAAAUUUGUCUCUCAUACUUUCAUUCCUUGAUGUAUAUGACCAGCUUCCUUCGUCUCUUGCCAUUUCGUGUCUAUACCAUCUGAACCAACACAGACGCGGCGCGAAGAGGGGCGAUUGGGGGUGGGCGUGGUGCCCCAUAAUAUUUUUAGAGUAUAUAGUUUUUUAUUUAGAUGGUAUCUUAUCCGAAAUCGAAGUGGUCGAAUUGUUGAAUGUAGUUAGGAAUGUACAUAAUUGUAAUAGUGAGGAAACCCUUAUGCUUGUAGAUGAAUCAUGAGUAGCCACGUUUUUGUUAUAUUAAUUUUAUUCAGCAACACAAUCUGUUUGUCAGUAUUGGCAAUUCGGAUGCGAUAAUGGUUACGAAUGUGUGGAUCGAUAUUAUCUUUGUGAUGGAUGGAAUCAUUGCUCUGAUGGCAGUGAUGAAUGGUAUUGGAACUGUGGUAUGUUCUAAUUUUACUAUCAAAUUUUGCAGAGAGGAACAAGCUAUCUCAUUUGAAAGAGACAGAUUUUUAUAAAAGUUAAAUUGUUGAUUUGUUGUUAUAGCAAGUUCAACCAGUGCAUCAAUUCAACCUUCGUUAA